AUGCCCUCUGUCUUAUCUAAGUUGUCGAGCUUUGCGACAAUUCCUCCUGGCGUGACGGCCUCUUUCAGCAUCGCUCAACUUCGAAAAAGCCUAGAACAUAUAUGGAAAAUAUAUAGCAGGAAUAGAACUGUAUUAGGAAGAUCUAUCUGGAUCCUUACAGUUUAUUAUCUUUACUUCAGCAAAUCAUACGGUUCUAAAUCACAAAAAUCCAAAGCCAAGUCGGCCGGCGAAGAUGCGAAAUCAAAGAAUGAAAGAGUUGCGGUUGACCAUGUUUUCUUUGAGAGACUGAAAAAAUUACUUAAAAUUGUAAUACCGGGAGUUAAAUCAAAAGAAUUUUGGCUUCUAUUUGUCCACUCUAGCUUUUUAGUGUUCAGGACGGUCCUUUCCGUGUAUGUAGCAGCAUUAGAUGGUCGAAUCGUUAGUGCAUUAUUAGCAAAGAAUGUUGGUGGUGAAGGUUUAUAUGCUUUAUCUCUGAUGGCACAUAUAUCUUCAGUUGUUCUGCGAGCGUUGACACCGCCAUUUGGAAAAAUGGUUGCGGAAGAGCAAAAGUUGGAGGGAGAAUUUCGGUUUUCACAUUCUCGAGUAAUUGAAAAUGCUGAAGAAAUUGCAUUCUAUGCUGGACACGAAGUUGAAAAGACCAUCUUAGAUCGCAGCUAUUUUGCAUUAAUUAAACAUAUUAAUAGAAUCUUCAGAAAACGUAUUCUCCAUGGAAUAAUGGAAGAUUUCAUUAUUAAAUAUUUCUGGGGUGCAAUGGGAUUGCUUCUAUGCUCCGUUCCCGUUUUUUUCAAAAUACCAGGAGUUCAUGUAGAGGAUCUCGGGUUUAUCACUAAUCGCAGAUUGCUAAUGAGUUCAUCGGAUGCUUUUGGUCGUGUGAUGUAUUCAUACAAGGAAAUUGCCGAAUUGGCCGGAUACACCGCCAGGGUCUCAGAACUUCUACAUGUUUUUGAUGAGGUCAAGGCUGGACGGUUUGAAAAGCGACUUGUUUCUUCAGUAUCAAUUAAGGAAAAUGCCAAAAUUUUGUCCGGUCGUGGAGAAGUAACCGAAAACGAGAACAUUAAAUUCAUUGAUGUGCCCAUAGUAUCACCAAAUGGUGAUGAUAUCCUUAGUGUUGUUCAAUUGAAUAACCUUGUUGAACGUGAGGGUGGAUGGGAUAGAGAAAGAGAGUGGAAAGAUGUUCUUGCCGGUGGUGACAAACAAAAGUAUGAUGGUCAAGGUGGAUGUGUAUUUGCAAAGCUAGAUGCACAGAGGAGAUUAGAAUUACAAGAGGAAAAACAAGCCUUGGAACAUAAAUUGGUCGAAGUGCCAAGGUUACAAUCGAGAUUGAAAGAAUUGAAAGAAAUGCUAGCAGAAAGAGAUGACUUUGAAAAUAAGGAAGCGACAGUACAAUAA